UAUCUCCUAUUCACCAAAUCAAUACAAUACUUCCAAAAAAGCCACUUGUAAGAGGUUACUAGUGGGACACUAGAUUGGUGUAAAUUACCCAUGAAUAUCCCAAGUUCCCAACUUCCCCCGCUCAAAAAGGCAAAAAUAAAAUAAAUGGCAAUUAAGAAAUUACCUAGUAGAGAAGUAGGGGAAGUACCUCAAGUUUCCAACUAGAUUUUAGAAGAAUGAAUCCUCUUAGAUGAGUUCUAAGUAAGAGAUAGUAUUUGGUCAAAGUGGGCAAUCAAAAUUUGUAUUGUAGACUAGAGUAAAAUACAUGUUAAGAUACAAAAAAUUUUGGGUUUAGUUCACACUUCAUCCCAUCUUUAAUCCCCUUGUUCUUUUUACAUAAACUUCCCUCACCUCCUAUUUUUACACUCUUCAUUCUAUUCUUUUCUUUAGUUUUCUUCAGUUGAAGCACCAUACCAUACAUUUUCUCCAUCUUUCACACCACUUUUCUCAUUAUCUUCUACCCCUUUUCCCCUUUGAAGCAAGAAGCAUAGAUUGUUUGUUGUAAUCUGUUUCUUCCUUUAAAGACAAGAUUUUUAUGAUAUAUAUUGAUUAAAGACAAGAUUUUGAGAACUGGGUAUUGAUUUUAUUGAGAUUAAGAAAAGAAGAGAAGGUUUUUUGUAUAGUUGACCAGGAAAUAUGGGGUGUUUCUCUUGUUUUGAAUCAAAAGAAGAAGAAAGAUUAAACCCAACUUCUGGUGAAAAAGAUGAUCGCAAAGAUGCUCAUCCUUCUUCAAACUCCAAUAUCUCUAAAUUAUCAUCUGGAGCUGAUCGACUGAAAGCAAGAAACAAUGUUGGGCCAAGACGGGAGACUUCAGUUCCGAAGGAUAUGCCGGACAACAAUGCUCAGACAUUCACUUUCCGCGAGCUUGCAAUCGCCACCAAGAACUUCAGAGAUGAGUGUUUUAUAGGGGAAGGGGGUUUUGGACGUGUUUAUAAAGGGCAGCUGGAGACUGGACAGGUUGUUGCCGUCAAGCAAUUGGACAGAAACGGCCUCCAAGGCAACAGAGAGUUUCUUGUAGAGGUUCUUAUGCUCAGUCUUUUACAUCAUCCCAAUUUAGUGAAUUUGAUAGGUUAUUGCGCUGAUGGUGACCAGAGGCUACUUGUAUAUGAAUAUAUGGCACUGGGAUCACUAGAAGAUCAUCUUCAUGAUCUCCCUCCUGAUAAAGAACCACUUGACUGGAAUACCCGGAUGAAAAUUGCAGCUGGUGCUGCAAAAGGAUUGGAGUAUCUUCAUGAUAAAGCAAAUCCGCCAGUUAUCUAUCGAGAUUUUAAAUCAUCCAACAUAUUGUUAGAAGAUGGGUACCAUCCAAAGCUCUCUGAUUUUGGGCUUGCAAAACUGGGACCCACUGGUGACAAAUCACAUGUUUCUACCAGAGUGAUGGGCACUUAUGGUUAUUGUGCUCCUGAAUAUGCUAUGACAGGACAAUUGACUGUGAAGUCAGAUGUUUACAGUUUUGGUGUUGUCUUUUUAGAGCUGAUAACUGGUCGUCGAGCUAUUGAUGGUGACCGUCCUCAUGGCGAGCAGAACCUUGUAGCAUGGGCACGCCCUUUGUUCAGUGACCGGCGUAAAUUUUUGAAAUUGGCAGACCCUCUGCUACAAGGUAGAUUUCCAACACGAGGACUUUACCAAGCUCUAGCUGUUGCAUCCAUGUGCAUUCAAGAAAGUGCGGCUGGCCGUCCUCUCAUCGGAGAUGUUGUUACUGCACUCUCAUAUCUGGCUAACCAAGCAUAUGAUCCAAAUGCAAAAGAUGAUCGGAGGAACAGAGAUGAGAAUGGUGGAAAAGUCGUAAGGGGUGAAGAUGGGGCAAGUUCGGGGAGAAAAUGGGACUUGGAAGGCUCGGAGAAAGAUGACUCCCCUAGAGAAACAGUUAGAAUGUUGAAUAGGGAUUUAGAUAGAGAGCGUGCUGUUGCGGAGGCCAAAAUGUGGGGUGAAAAUUGGCGGGAGAAAAGACGUCAAACCUUGGAUUUGGAAGGUGGUUCUGAAAAAGACGACUCCCCAAAAGAGACAGCGAGGAUGUUGAACCGUGAUUUAGACAGAGAGAGAGCUGUUGCUGAGGCGAAGAUGUGGGGAGAAAAUUGGCGGGAGAAACGAAGGCAAAGCGCUCAAGGCGCAAAUGACCGUUCAGAUGCGUGAUUCACCCUUUUCUUGUACAGUACCAAAAACGCUACCUGAAGUUAUGCUCAGGUCGGGGCAGGCUAAGUUGAGUACUAGCCUAUGCCCGUGUUUUCCCUUCAUAUUUUUUCUCUUAUAAAUUACGAAAAAUGUAUCGAGGCUUUGUACGAAGGAUAAAAAAUACCCACCAUAUAUGCUUGACCUAGUUUUGUUUCUGUUUCUUUACAAGAUCGACAGAUAUAAGGAGAGCGGAUGAUGGAAUAGGGUAUACUGCAUAGAAGAAUCAGAGUUGUAUAUCUUCGGCAAGAAAGUAUGCAUCACCUCGGCUUGGCUCCAUUUCAGUUCAGUAUGCGGGAGUCAUUUCGCGAGGUUAUUUCUUUUCUAUAAUAGCAGAUGGCAUGUUCCUUCUUGCUUUUGCAUUAUUAUGCCUUAGAAAUGAUCAGUGGAUUUGGUAACUAUACCUGUCUUGGCUAACAUUAUACUGAAGGUUGUCAGUCUUCAUACAUAUUACAUACCAUAUCAUACAUACUGUAUUCAUAGAUGUACUUAAUGUUCCAUCUUUGAAUUUCUCAUUCCCUUGUUUAUUAUCGAGUCCUCCUAUUCUGAUCAAA